GAGUUAUAUAUUAAAUUAAUUGUUAUCUUUCUUUAAUGACAUAUCAAUAGUGUAUUAUUUAAAUAAUAUAUAAACUUUAAGUGUUAUAUAAAGUGCUAAAUAGAAAAUUUUUAUUUUUAUUAAUGUUACUUAUAGUGACAUUUAUUAAAAUUAAUAAAAAUUAUGGGAUUUUAUAAUAUAAUAGUUUUAGUGCUAAUUGUGUUUGUGGUGACCGGUAGUGGUCUGCAAACCAAUUACGAGUACUAUACGAGUGGAGGCAUUAAAUCGGGUUUAAGAGCCGAUUCAGUGGACUUUACAUUAAAUGGCAAAAAAAUUGCAUUAUUUAGCGGUUCAUUGCAUUACUUUCGGUUACCACAACAAUACUGGAAGGACAGGCUAUUGAAGUUCAGAGCCGCCGGUCUUAAUGCGGUACAAACAUACGUUCCAUGGAAUCUACACGAGCAGACACCCGGACAGUUUGAUUUUGAAACUGGUUUUCUAAAUCUAAAAGAGUUUUUAAAAGCAGCGAAAGAUACCGACUUGUUUGUAGUGUUUCGUAUCGGUCCAUAUAUAUGUGCCGAAUGGGAAAUGGGUGGUUACCCGCCGUGGAUGCUCAGAGACCCCAACAUAAAGUUUCGGUCAAACUAUAAGCCAUAUCUCGACGCUGUCGGCAAAUUCUACAUAAAAGUCCUGUCAAUUAUCGAUGAAUUUCAGUUCACAAAAGGCGGUCCUAUAAUAUCUCUUCAAUUUGAGAAUGAAUUUGGAGGCAUUCAUAACGAUAAUGAUAAACAAUACUUUCAGUUUAUGAGGACAACCAUUGAAAGUCAUGGCUUUAAGGAACUAUUAUUUAAUUGUGAUCCGGGAUAUAAUGCGGCCAGUGCUAUAAAGACUGCUUUGCCAGGAAUAUUAGAGACCGAUAACUUUAACUCGGAUUCUCUUAAAUAUUUAACUGCAUUACGUCAAGCUCAGCCUAAUAAGCCCCUGUAUGUAUCUGAAUUUUGGCCAGGGUGGUUUGAUAAUUGGGGCGAUAAGUCUCACCAUUUGAUGUCUAUUGAACACUUUACCAAAGAAGUCACUGAUGUUAUGUUUGUGGCCAACUCUUCAAUUAAUUUCUAUAUGUUUUUUGGUGGCACUAACUUCGGGUUUAUGAAUGGGGGCCGAGUUGUUACCAGUUAUGACUAUAACGCUCCACUUUCAGAGACAGGCAAUUAUACGGACAAAUAUUGGAAAACUAAAGAGUUAACCACAAAAUUUACUAAAGAAAGAGGUUAUCCACAGCUCAGGAUACCAGAGCCACCAAAACCAGAAUUGACUACCAGUUACGGCAAAGUUAUUAUCAAAGAUUAUCUAAGUUUAGACAAUUUGUUGAGUAAAGUCAAGUCAAUUACAACAUCAAAGCCACAAUACAUGGAGUUAUUAAAUUUGGGAGCAAAUUAUGGACAAAGUUAUGGAUUUAUUAAUUAUAGACUUACGGGACUUCAAAAAUUUAAACAUUUAAAACUAAAUGGAGGUGUUUCCGAUAGAGGAGUUAUACUCAUUGAUCACAAACAAGUGGGUCUCGUAGAGAGUAAUAAAGAUUAUGAUCAGGACUUAAAAGACAGUGAUUUUGCAAAUACAACGACUCAUGUUUUAGACAUAAUUGUUGAAAACAUGGGUCGAGUAAAUGGUGGACAAGAGAUGAAUUGGGCCCGAAAGGGACUCAAUGGCGACAUUAAUAUUGACGGAAAAGUUAUUUCUGAUAUACAGACAUAUCCUCUUGAGUUUAAAGAACAGUUUGUUAAUCAAAUUAAUGAUUUAAAAGGCAAUCCAUUUGUCGAUAAUCUUAAGAGUCCAGCAUUUUAUAGAACAGAACUUAUUAUAAAUGGCAGUCCAAAGGAUACAUUCAUACGUUUGGAUCAUUGGGUUAAAGGAAAUGUAUUUAUAAAUGGUUUCAAUUUGGGUCGUUAUUAUGAAAUUGGUCCACAAAAAACACUAUACAUACCGUCACCGUUAUUAAAAUCGGGUAAAAACACAAUUUCAAUGUUUGAAUUACAUUCUGCUACUAAUAGUAUUGAGUUUGUGGAUACACCUGACUUGGGAUAAAUCAAUGAAAAAAUAUUUUAAUUAAAAAACAUU